AUGGCGUGGGAGAAUACCUGCGCCGCCAUUCUUUUCCUCCUUGGCCUCAGUGCCGCCUCUCCAGUCGAGCUUCUCGAGGAACGUCAAUCUGGCUGUCCUAACAUCCACAUCUUCGGAGCUCGUGAGACCACUGCCCCAGCCGGUUAUGGCACUGCAGGCGUUGUGGUAAACCUUGUUCUCGGCGCCUACUCUGGCUCGACAGCCGAGGCUAUCAACUACCCGGCUUGUGGUGGACAGUCUUCUUGUGGAGGCGACAGUUACUCUCAAUCCGUGGCAGCUGGUGUCUCUGCAGUUGUUACUGCCGUGAAUGGCUAUGCUGCAAAAUGCCCCAGCACUCAGUUGGUCCUUGUGGGCUAUUCACAGGGCUCAGAGAUUUUUGACGUUGCCCUUUGCGGAGGAGGAGACCCCAACCAAGGCAUCACAAAUACAGCCGUACUCUUCAGCUCUGCAGCGCUUGCCAACAUCAAAGCUGCCGUAUUUAUGGGCGAUCCACUGUACCACACUGGCUUGCCAUACAAUGUCGGCACUUGUGCCGCUGGCGGUUUUGAUGCCCGUCCCUCUGGCUUCACUUGUCCUAAUGCCGCCAAAAUCCAAUCCUACUGCGACGCCACAGACCCAUAUUGCUGCAAUGGCAACGACGCCAACACGCAUCAAGGAUACGGCACCGAGUACGGACAAGCGGCUCUCAAAUUCAUUGAAGGGAAACUCAGCUCUUCGACUACGACUCCGACGAGCAGUGCGUCGGGCGGUGGCGGAAGCACGUCUCCCACGUCGACACCUACCUCCGGGACUGUGGCUCACUAUGGCCAGUGCGGAGGUACCGGAUGGACUGGGGCUACGACUUGUGCGGCGGGAUACACUUGCAAGGCUGCUAAUGCUUAUUAUUCUCAGUGCUUGUAAGUAGGAGUUGAGGAGCGG